UUCUCUCUCAUCGUUAGUAGUACGGAGCUGAUAUUUUCUACGCAGCGUGCAAGGCUAUCCAACCCAUGGCUACAACCGUCUUUUCAUGCAAACCAAGUCAAAUCUCUCAUCUCAUCGCCGGUCCCCCUCGGCCGGCCGCCAAGUCUACGGCUCCCUCGUCACCUUAUAAAUGCUAAUCUUGCUUCCGCCGCGCCGGUUCCGCCUAUUUGUCCUCCUUCGGUACCUGCCACUAUGCUACGCCUCUUCCUUCUCUCCGCAAUCGUCCUCUUCGUCACCAUUCCUCUUGCCGCACCGCACGAGGGCCACGACGAUGUGGCGGCCGGAAGCUGCGAGGUUAGCCCUGACGUUCGCAUAGUUGCAGAUUACCGUCCAGGGAUCAUCACCGUCGAUGGUCACGCCGACGACUGGGCCGGAGUCGAAGGUUCUGAGUUCAGCCUCCUUCCAGCCCUCGAUCCUGACGCGGACAAGGAAUAUACAGGCGGGAAGAUUAGCAUUAAGGCUGUGCAUGAUGGCAAUCAUGUUUUCUUUAUCCUACAAAUUGAUGGGGAGUACGCUUACUCUCAAGGUGAAAAUCAGAAAUGUCCUUCAGUUGCUCUAAUGUUUCAAGUGGGAGAGAAUGCUUCAUAUCAUAAUAUGGGAGGAUGCAAAAAUUUACGUGGAUCAUGCAACAAUAUGACUUGUCGUGGUCAUGAAGUCGAUAUCAUGCAUUUCUCCAUUGGAAAUGCGAUUCCGGGUCGGCUUUAUGGUGCCAAUCUGGUUGACAACAGCGAGGGUACUGGUGGUGAUAGAUUUGGCCAUCUUGUUGAUGUAUAUGCAUGGAAUCCGCAUUGCUUGUAUCUUGAUGGAAAGGGUCCCUCAGGAAACAGUUCUUACGCACAAAAUGAUUGGCAGGGGGCGUGGUGGCAUAGCAUGAUUACUACCCAUUCAGCAUUGGUUGAAGAUGACAGUCCAUAUUCCAAAGGUGGUGAGAAGGGCACAUAUUAUUUCGAGUUUUCAAGAUCUCUGAGGACAAUGGACCGUUCUCAACAGGAUGUUCAGUUUGUUAUUGGACAGACAAGCAGAGUGGCGGCUGCUUUCUGGUAUCCAACUGGAGGAAAACCAUGGAGCAAGUCUCAACACUAUUCAGCUAGCUGUGACUGGCUGCCAUUAGACAUAACUGCACCAUCCUCCUCUUCUUCUUACAUGACUUCAUCAAAUAGUUCAUGGGAUGCUGCUACUGCCUUUUCUUUGCUUCUUUCGGUGCUCGCGUUCUGCCUUUCAGUUUUUCUUGGAUACUGGGUUUCUAGAAGUAAGGCAGUGCCUUUCACGCCCAUUGAUGGCCUCUGAUUAUAAGAUGAAUUCUCCUCCUUAGAAGAAGAAGACCCAACGCACAAAAUUCUUUAAUUGGAUUUAUAUUUCAUGUUCUACUGUAGCUUUUGGAUUUGAUUGUAAUUUAUUUUGCAGCGUUGAGCGUACUAAACUUUUUUUUGUUGGGUGCAUUUUUAGAUUAUGCGCUGUAGAGUUUACUUGGAAUACUAUCAUCUGUAAAAUUGUGAACGACUUAUUCAAAGUAGAUCAAUUUGUGUAGAAGUUUAAGCCUUGGUUAAA